AUGUCCCCGCCUGCGCGCUUGUUGGAGAUCUUGCCGGAAUGGCUUGCAGACUUUCUGGAGGGCAAAGCCCUCCUACGUGUCACGCGCACCUGCCGCGCAGCCUGCAGUGGACGCCAUUUAGAGCAAGCUGCCGCGGCACGCCGUGCCUUGGAAGGUUUGGCGAGAUUCCUCCAGAGAACUCCUGUUAACCUGCCUUUCUUCACCGCCUCGGACAGGGGCAAGGUGAGAGUGCAGGCUUGCUGGGAUUUCGCGGAGAUGUGCCCGGGCAAAUUCUUUGUGCCGUCUUUCAUGACUGGGCAUUUCGGGACUGGUUUGCGCUUUGGAUUAAAGGACUGGAUAGUUGGCCGCGCCAGCGCCUACUUGCGCGGAUUGAGCCCUGCCCAAGCAAUGCGAGAGCUGAACUGCUUCCUUCCGGAGAAUGCACGGCCGGAGUUCGACCACUUCAUGAGCCUGCUAGAAAGGAACAGCGCCCGCUACUUUUGUUCAUACAUGGCCCACCGAGAGGACUGUCCAUCAGACUGUCCCUGCCGCGCCAUGGACGACAGCGACAUCGAGAUGGACCUGGACUAUAAUCCUGUGGAGCCUGGGUUGGUCAUUGCCUUCCGCUAUGAUGCCUUCAAUGUGGCCAUUUGCGCGCGCCGUGAUCGGCUGAGGGCUAGCUCACUAGCGAGACAAAUCUGA